AUGGGCAAGUGGAGCAUCGGGCGAAAGCCGGGCCGCACACUCGGACUCCUGCUGCUGGUGAUCUUGAGUUUCCUGGUGCUCUGCAGAUUGGAUUGGUAUAAUCUGCUCCCUGCGUGGCUAAGACACCGGCAGUCAGGGCUGCAGGCCAAUGGCCAAUACUUCAUGCUGGAGGACUCCACUUUCUGGAUCUUCGGGGGCUCCAUGCACUAUUUCCGGGUGCCCAAGGAAUACUGGAAGGACCGUUUGCUGAAGAUGAAAGCUUGUGGCUUGAAUACCCUCACCACCUAUGUUCCAUGGAAUCUCCAUGAGCCAGAAAGAGGCAAAUUUGACUUCUCUGGGAACCUGGACCUGGAGGCCUUUGUGCUGAUGGCUGCGGAGAUCGGGUUGUGGGUGAUUCUGCGUCCAGGCCCCUACAUCUGCAGUGAGAUUGACCUCGGGGGCUUGCCCAGCUGGUUACUCCAAGACUCUGGCAUGAGGCUGAGAACAACUUACAAGGGCUUCACCGAAGCAGUGGACCUUUAUUUUGAUCACCUGAUGUCCAGGGUGGUGCCACUCCAGUACAAGCACGGAGGCCCCAUCAUUGCUGUGCAGGUGGAGAAUGAAUAUGGUUCCUAUAACAGAGACCCUGCCUAUAUGCCUUACAUCAAGAAAGCCUUGGAGGACCGAGGUAUUGUGGAAUUGCUCUUGACUUCAGACAACAAGGACGGCCUGCAAAAGGGAGUCAUGGAUGGAGUGCUGGCCACCAUCAACCUGCAGUCACAACAUGAACUGCAGUUAUUAACCAACUUUCUCUUAAGUGUGCAGAGGGUUCAGCCGAAGAUGGUGAUGGAGUACUGGACAGGGUGGUUUGACUCGUGGGGAGGCCCACACAACAUCCUGGAUUCUUCUGAAGUUCUAAAAACAGUGUCUGCCAUCCUCGAUGCUGGCUCCUCCAUCAACCUCUACAUGUUCCAUGGAGGUACCAACUUUGGCUUCAUAAAUGGAGCCAUGCAUUUUCAUGAAUAUAAAUCUGAUGUCACCAGCUACGACUAUGAUGCUGUGCUGACAGAGGCUGGGGAUUACACAGCCAAGUACUUCAAGCUCCGAGGUUUCUUUGGCUCUAUCUCAGGUGUCCCUCUUCCUCCCCAACCUGACCUCCUUCCCAAGACUGCGUAUGAGCCCUUGAGACCGAAUUUAUACCUGUCACUGUGGGACGCCCUGCAGUACAUGGAGGAGCCAGUUAAUUCUGAAAAACCAGUCAAUAUGGAGAACCUGCCAAUAAACAAUGGAAAUGGACAGUCCUUUGGGUACACUCUGUACGAGACCACCAUUGAUUCAUCGGGCAUCCUCAGUGGUCUUGUGCGUGACCGGGGACAGGUAUUUGUGAACACAGUGUCUGUAGGAUUCUUGGACUAUGAAAGGAAGAAGAUUGUUAUUCCCUUGAUCCAGGGUUACACCAGGCUGAGGAUCUUGGUGGAGAAUCGCGGGCGAGUCAACUACGGGGAUAACAUUGAUGACCAGCGCAAAGGUUUAAUUGGAAAUAUCUAUCUGAAUGAUUCUCCCCUGAAAAAAUUCAGAAUCUACAGCCUGGAUAUGAAAAAGAGCUUCUUUCAGAGGUUCAGCGUCGACAAAUGGAGCCCUAUCCCUGAAGUACCUACGUUCCCUGCUUUCUUUUUGGGUGCCUUGUCUAUUUCCCUUUCCCCUUUUGACACCUUCAUGAAGCUGGAGGGCUGGGAGAAGGGGGUUGUAUUCAUCAAUGGCCAAAACCUUGGACGCUACUGGAACAUUGGACCCCAGGAGACCCUCUACCUCCCAGGUGCCUGGUUGGACCAAGGCACCAACCAGGUUAUUGUUUUCGAGGAGAAGAUGGCAGGCCCUGUGAUACAGUUCACUGAAACACCCCACCUAGGCAGGAGCCAGUACCUUGAUUGAGCAGCACCGCCCCGCACCCCCUGGUGGCGGGAAGCAGGAGAGCACCACUGUCCCCCUCAGCUGACCGGAGCCUGGUGCUCUGCUCCCUCACACCCUCCCACGCAGGAGAGUUUCCUUAAGUAGCAUCCUCAGGCAGCCAUGUGGCUACAGCAAGGCCCACUCGUUCAGUUCAAGACCCUAAACUUGGAAGAACUGAAGAAGAAAAGUGGGAUAGGAGGGUGGGACGCCCUCCUUACCUAAGUGGCUUUAAAAAAAAAAAUUAUUGUUAUGUUAAUCACCAUACAUCAUUAGUUUUUGAUGUCCUAAGUGGCUUCUUGACUGGGCUUUGUUGCUGGCACCUGUCCUACUUCCCUUCUCUUCUGGGAGAGGACAGAGGGAUGCCUCUCUAGGGUAGGAAUGUCUAAUCAGAUGUCCACGUGAUGAUGCCUGGGGCCCUCAGUUGGGCAUAACUUCUAGACACAGGUUUGCUCCUAUGAUGUUCUUGCCUGUGCUCAACCACGCCCCUCCUGGCCCCUUUUCAUCUGAAAUAGAAGGUUUGUCACCAUUUGUAGAGGAUAGGGAAGCGGGUGGGUGUCUCACCUGAAUCAUCUUUGUUCCUCUCAACCCUCCCCAAGCCUUCUCUGGGAUUCUGGAAGAAACUCUGAGAGACACACACAUUUUCUCCUUCUCAUUUUCCACUCUAAUUGCAUCUGACAGGAUGACAACCCAAGCUUAGGAGAAACAGAAAUACUCAGCCACUUAGUUUCCUGAAUUAGAGAGUAUUCCCAGUUUAACUCAAUGAGAAGAAGCAUCAGCUGAGGAGGGAAUGCAGACCCUAGUAAGAACCACACCCUGGUCUGAAGGCCCAGCUCUGGGGGCACGGGCAGGUAGUCUCCCCGGAAUGUUGGUGUAGCCACGGGGCCCACAGGCCUAGUCCAGAUCUUGCCUCCAGCUCAGUCUCUCUCCCUCAACUCCCUGUAACUAAGCAGCAGGGAGGAGAAGCAGCCUUCCUUUGCAGUUGUCUGUCCAAAUUUGAGGCGCUUGUUCUGGGGAUUGAAUCCACUGGGUUAGCUCUGGUUCCCUGUCCUGAAUUGCAAUAAAGCAACAGAGUUGAAUCAAACCCUUUUUGGUGAUACUUUCCUGGUCCCGUCUGUGCCCCUGUUUAUCACAGGCAAAGGCAUCGUGGGGUCAGGUACCCACUUAGCCCAUCCGGCACUCAGAGUCUAGACAGACUUGACCCAGUUAGUGGAUGAUCCAGCCCCUGUCUCCUUACCACCUCCCUCCCGACCUUCAUUCUGCCUGAAAUGUCAUCGUGAAUCGGCAGUGCCCUUGGGGAGGAGAAGUCCUAUACAGAUCUGUUCUGGUGCUGGUAGGCAGGUGGUAAGAAUCUGCUGGACAGCCAGGAGCUCUCCAUGUGAGGUAGCGGGUGAGUUUUCCUCAAUGUAACAUCUGGAUUGCACUGCCACAGACUCUCUUCAGUAGUAAUCGAAGUUAGAUAGCCAACGCCUCCUCGGAACACUGCCUGUGCUAGGAGCCCAUAAAGACCUUUGGGGAAUAGCAGGCCUUGGAGGCUCCCAGCAGCCCUAUGGCUCCCAUCUAGGGCCUGCCUAAGGAAGGGGGCGUUUGUAGUGUGUGGCCACUGGGCCCAAGAGCUGAGCCUGGGUCAAGGACAGACAGCUGGGCCCAAGGGUCCACUAGGGGCAGAGAAAUGGAGCUUAGGAAAGUGAGUUUCAUGGAUGGGGGCUGGGGAGCCAGAUACAGGUAAGUCCCCAGUCUUGCUCAAACUCCUCUGCUGUUCCUGAAUUGCCUUGGAACGGAAGGCACACAGCUGACACUCGGAUGAGACCAGGGCUCGGGCAUGGCCGGCACUGGGGAGUGUGUCAUCGCACCUUACUUUACACCUGAGCAUGAUUUUACAAAGGUGUACGUAAAAGCUGGCUUCUGUUGGAAAAUGUGAUAGGGCACUGGUGUUUAAAUGAAUCUUACGGUGAUCCUUUUGCAAAGUGAAGAAUCCCCUUGAAUUGCUUUCAUCCACAUCUGUGCAGGGCUGCAUUGGUCCUCUUGCACCAACUUACUGUUCUUGACCUUCUUAUCUGCCAGCUGACCCUGCAGCUUCUGUCAAAGCCCCUUGGCAGAGCUCGUCUUCCAGAGUUUAUUCAUGGUUUGUCCAGACCUUCCUACUGGAUGGCCUCAUCACAGAGUCUUUAGAAGACUCCUCAUAACCCUUACCUCUAAACGCUGAAGGUCUCCAGGCCUGCUCCUUGGGCCUUUUCUUCCCUCU